CUUUAGUUGAUGUCUUGAUGACAUUAUUUUGAAAAAAGGUAAGUACUAAGUUAUUAUUUAUUACAUAAAUAUCUAUGGAGUAUAGCCGUAUAGGUACUACAUAGUACAUAAUAUUUAAAGUAUAUAAAUUUAAAUUGUUUAUGAUCAUUUUAGCAAAAAAAAAAGAAAAUGACAAAUCUGAUCAAAGCCAUGCAACAUUUAACGCUACUGAUAUUUCUACACCAAUACAACAACAUGGUAAAACUAAAUUAAUUUUCUUUAUAUGUAGACAUAAAUAAAUGUUAGGUCAAAAAUAACUAUUAUACUAUUGGAUUAGUUAUUAUUAUUGUCUUGUAACAAAUCUAAAAUAAUGGUAAAAACAACUACCAUACCUAAUGCUAUUUUUUUUUUUUUUUUUUGACUACAGAAAAUCAAAAAUCAAUGUGCCAGUCGCAGUGCAAGUCAAGAUCUUAUACCUAUGGCAAUUGAUGUUGUUCAGAACCAAUGUGCCAGUACCAGCUCCUGUCAUGAACUAGCAAUUGGGAUUGAAGUAGUUCAAAACCAAUGUGCCAGUACCAGCUCCAGUCAUGAACUAGCGAUUGAAAUUGAAGAAAAUCAAAACCAAUGUGCCAGUCGCAGUGCAAGUCAAGAUCUCAUACCUAUGGCAAUUGAUGUAGUUCAGAACCAAUGUGCCCGUACCAGCUCCAGUCAUGAACUAGCAAUUGGAAUUGAAGGUGUUUAUUUACAACAAUUAACAACAAUUGCUAUUUAUCAAUAUUAAGAGGUUUUUACUUCUAUCAAAAA